AUGCCGCAGAGCGGUAACACGUUGUGGGUGCUGUCGCAAGGAAUGCAUCAUUCGACCACAUGCCCGCUACCAGAGUCGAAGGAUGCACUGGAAAGGGAUAACUCAAAUCUGCGAAAGGAACUGAAGGUGAUUGAGGACGACUUCAAUUCCUCAACGCAACACGCUGCGGAUCGAGAGGAUGCUCCAGCUCUUCGUCAAAUUCACAUAAACCUUCUGUUCCGACCUCGGAACACGACAACUGAUAAUUUAAUGUUCGUUGCCAUACUGUCCCCUCUUUGCAGACCAUAUGGCAAGGAGGCGUCGCGCUUGUUAUUUGAUGCGCUUGAUGUAACGUGCCUUAUUCUGAUAGUCGCUGUACAUUAUAUUGGGCGUGAUCAAUAA